AUGAGGUUCCUCUAAGGUAACCUUUAUGAAUGAAUAAUAUAUGUUUCGCGAAUGAGCGUCGCGAAAACAUAAGAGUAGGAAGGGUAGGCAACCCUGACGUUACACCGCCAAAACGUGCAGGAGAACCCAUUCUCCGUUCACUGCACUCGACCACCGAGAGGCUGCAAUACCAGGAGUCCAACGGAGCCAAGAACCUAGCAGACCUCGCCCAACGUGCCAAUACAGUGGGGCCCCAGGCCACUAUGCAACCGAGUGCCGUAGGAAAGAGUUUGACAGCAGGAACCGCACCAACAAUCCAGUCACCAACAACAAGAACCAGGGAAACGACCCAGUUCCGCGGUUGAAUCAGGGUGCAGCCCGCGUGAACGAAAUCGUCGCAACGCACCCAACCAACACAUCUCAAGCGGACAUAGAAGAUACAGAAUUGCCCGAGUACAGUUAAAUAGGACUGAUUGGAUACCUUCCGUAACACUACCUGUAAAGGAAGUAAAAAAUAACACGGUGGUAAUGGUCGAUACGGGCUCAGAAGUACACCUGUUAGAGAAUGAAGUCUUGAAGAACCACGUCCGGAUUAAUUCCCACCAUCGAAUUCAGCUCCGUGGAAUAGGCAGCGACUUCGUGACCACAAUUGGAUCCAUUGAUGUAAACCUGUUCCGUCAAAAAGUCAUCUUCCAUGUGGUCCCUAACGACUUUCCCAUUCUACAAGAAGGAAUACUGGGAAGUGAAUUCUUCAACGAAAAUGAAGCCUCAAUUAAUUACGCUGAGGAACAAGUCGAAUUCAAAGGUGUCAGAAUGCCAUUCAGUUCAAAAAAGAAAAAGUGGCGCUCACCUCUUAUUCAGUUCGUCAAAGGAAGCGAGAAUCAUCCACCAGUUCGCAGGACCAAAGAUGACGACAUAGAAGUUGAUUUAUCCGUCUUCUCCAAAUGGACCAUGGAACCCGAGGCAGAAACCAUCUCAGAAGAUUGUUCGGCCACAAGCAUACACGUGGACCCAACACCGGAAUUGACACCUGAAAAAGAAAUUACUUCUGAAAAUCUGUCGGAUUCAGUUGGAAAAAUCAGCAUCGUAAAAGCUGACUCACUUAAAGAAAACAUCCUAGAACCCGAUAACACCGUAGAAUCCGCACCAGCAGCUGCACCUGAAAAAGAAAAAACGGAAACAAAAAUUAACGUCAAGGAUACACAAAGAGCUAAGGUACUCAGAAUAAUGAAAUCCAUGGGUUACAAGACAGGACAAGGGCUCGGAAAACGAAAUCAAGGAUGGGCAAAUCCCGUCUCUGUCAUCAGUAACUACAAACGCACAGGACUCGGAUACCAUAAGUCCCUUGUAAAACGACACGGAGCAGCGAGAAACACCAUUGGUCAUCGUUACCACCGGACGCGCUUUAAACAAACCAUUAGCGCGACGAAACGGACCAGCGAACACCGGUAUCAUCGAACACGCAUCAAAGCGGACUCGAUGCACCUAAACAAGACGACUCACCAUCACCAUAUCCAGCUGCAACGACCAGUGCGGGACGAGGGCACGCCAGCCACAACAUCAUCCAGUUCGCGAUGUGCAUCGCCACCAACAGGGGAAUCGCCUUCAUGCAGCAGUCCAUGCAGCUAUGUUGAGUGACCAUGGCCCAGAAAAUCACUGUGGGAUAUUUGCUGUAUACCGUAUAGAGAGCCUAGGACGCCCACUAUACCGAGGAGAAGGGAGGAUUACCCCUUAGUGGAGCUAUUGGAGGGAGGGUGUACCCCUAGGGGACACCAGUAAACGAGUUUGAGCUCUGGGGAACGACAGAGCGUUCGAGGAUUGCACUUUGCGGUGGAGAGAUGUCGCAAGUGUGGAAGAGCCUUAAUAUAUCGGGUUCAAUGCACUUUGCACUCAGACGAGCAUUUUCGGUGCACUUGUACUGAAAUGAACUUUUCAUCUCGGUGCGCAUGCACCGGACGGUAAAUUUCCCGGUCAUUGACCCCUAUCUGGGUAUAAAUAUGACUGCCGCGGAAAGGAGUAUUUCAUUCCUAGUUCGACUUUAUACACGGCAACAUCGUACAACACAGUCGCUUUUUGACAUUGGGUGCCUUAUCCAGCUCCAUCACCCAUCUGCUGAUCCACAUAGCAAGGAAACCGACAGCACCUCCACGGAACAUCGAAGCAGCAAACGCCGACCAAGAGGACCCUCCAACAGUCCCUCCCAAUGCUCCUGAAAAGCAGAGCAAUAAGUUAGGCGACCCUUCGUUCUCCGACCUAAGAGUAAGAAUACAAAGCAUACAAAAUUAUAAAAGACACAUACAAAAAUAAAAAAAAAAUAAUAAAAAAAUAUAUACACAAACAUACAUACUAAAUACUUACCUUAUGAUUCUAUUUAAAUUUGAUCCACGAAGAAUUUUUCCAUUGAAAAAAUUCUACAACAGGGGGGGGGGCGUGUGACGUCACACGUCUGUCCACCCCAAUUUUUCACAUUAUAAUAGUCGAACAUUAAUUAUUCCUAUAUUCGUGUAUCA